AUGGAUUCAUCUAGAGGAACUACUUCCUACAGGGGUCACGAUCGUCACGACUGGAAUCACCAUGUCGAUGAUUCGCCACAGCAUUCGCCCUCUAGUGUCCACAUGCUGGAGGAGAAUGUACCGCUCCAUGAUCAACCGGGACUUACAGAUUCUCGACGUUACCCGGAUUUGGAGAGAACUGGCUCAUCUCUGAGGGGGCUCGGUAACAUCAAUCAUGAUUGUCCUUGGCAGCCAGGACGCUCUAGACGUAUCCUAUAUCUCGGUUACGCUCCUUUGCUCCUGAGUCUGGCUUGUACUCUUUUGGCCAUAUACGUUAUCUUCAACAGCCAGGGCCAGCUGGUUAGCGAAUGGGAUGGUUCAAAUCGCAUGCAGCCUGGUCAGCUCUUGGCUUUCACUUCAACUGCUGCAAAUUCUUUGAUGAUGCUUGCCUACGUUCAGGGAUGGGUGUCCUUUUUCUGGAUACAAGCACUCAAAGGCAACAUGCCUGUGUCCAAUCUUCACUAUAACUGGGAGGCAGCCACGAGUCUUUGGGGAUCCCUCAAAUCCUUGAUGCGAAAAAGGGCUCGCCGCGUCAGUAUUGUAUCGAUCCUCGUGGCCACAACGUCCUUCCUCCGGGGCCCUCUUAUACAAAAAGGCUCCUACAUACAAACCAUUAAUUCAGAGCUCCAGGGUACUAUUGGUCUUCAAGUUCUACCCACUACGGAGGUUUGGGAGUCACAGUCGUUUGAUACUCCCAAGUUCAAGCGAAUGUUCUCAGACGUAAUGAGAGAGUAUCAGGCCAGGACUCCUAUCUACAUUCCCGGGUCAGAUUGCAACAAUUGUUCCUUGAGUGUUAAGGGGUUUGGAUUCAGAUACGUGAACACAGCCAACCAAUCAAACUUACAUAACUUUUUGGAGCGCCCAUCACCCAACAAAUAUGGCACCUACACCGUGGACCGUAUUUUCAAUGUUACAGCCAGUGCCAGCAAUGACAACAAAUAUAUUGAGGUUGAUAUCCUUCGGAAGGCCUCGUAUGAUUGCGUUGCUAACCUAAUCUCCACGACAUAUCAUCUAUAUCCCUCAACUGUUGAGUAUGAGUUGUCCCUUCACGGGCAAAAGGCUACCUUUCGAACAAGCGACUGGCGGAACGACAGUGUUUACAGAGGAGCAACAUCUUUCUUGUACGAACAAAAUUCUAACAACCAAAGCGCAUGCGGUCCAAGUUUCGACGAUCCUACGAAUGAUAUUCUGAACGGUUUUCGAGAGCUGGCCUUGCGCCUGUCCAUCCGCGAGGCGAUUGGGAGACGCGAGGCUGCUGCGGCGGCAGGUAACGUGACAGAAGACAACCCAGCCUUUGUGCAAAAGGUUGACUACACCAGCCAUCAGCUCCGUACCGAGUACGCCGUCAACAAGCCAGCCCUUGCCCUAGCGGUAGUGGUUAGCCUUCUCGGUCCUAUCUCGAUCCUCUCUCUAUUUAAAGGCUGGACAACCCUCGGGAGAGACUUUUCCCUAAGCCCAUUCGAGCUGGCCAACUCGUUCCUCCUCCGGUCGCCGCUGCCCUCGUCGUCACCUCGGUCAAACAGUAGCGGCGACUCUAUUUCCGAAUUGAAGCAAAGACAACAUCAACUGGCUUCACUCCUUGCUAGCUGCAGCAGUAAUGCCUCGGCUGAGAAAGUACUUGAGUCGAUCUGUCAAAGAGCAGAGGCGGCUAGUGACGGAGUGAGUGGCACGACGACCAAGGAGCCAGUGGUGCAGUAUGGAGUGCUUGACGGUACGGGCUUGCUCGGUUUUGCUAUUUCGGAUGUAAAUGGCGUUGUUCAUGCUCGGAAACCGAGAGAGGGAGAGAUUCUAUGA